AUGUCUGCCGAACAGCCACGACACCUUCCCGACAAGGAGCUGGAUAAGAUAGUUCUUAACUAUCUUACCCAGAAGGGUUACAAACAUACUGAGCUCAUGUUUCGUAAUGAAAUACGCGCACAUGCCGGAGAAGACUAUUCCAUGGGUGACAUGAAUGCAGUGUCAGGGUAUCAGUUCUUCCCAACUGACCCCGAUUCAAAUAAUCCCGAUAGCUACAUAUCUUCAUACGCUGAUCUUAGAAAGUUGAUAGAGAGAUCUAUGGAUAUAUACAAGCUAGAAUUAAGACUGGUUAUGUUUCCUGUAUUUGCGCACAUAUAUCUUGAUCUCGUCUUUAAAGGGUUUCUCGAUAAAGCAAUGAAUUUCAUGGAAGAAUUCAAAAGCGAUCAUUACGAAUACUACGGAGAUAACAUCCGAAAACUGAGUAUCAUAACACAUGCCCAGCAUCUUCAAGAAAAUGAAUUCGCGAUUACGUUAAGGAGCCAAAAAUAUAAUGUGCGGCUGUCCAAUGUGUCUACCAAAUUGCUGUUGAACUUUCUCCAGGAAAAUAAACUUUAUAUAAUAUUGCGUAUUGUUAAUCAGUAUUUGGAGAUCGAAGAAACUGUUAAUCAUCAACAGACAUUGAUGAUGUCUGACAUUGCGGAUGUGACUGGGGUCACUGGAUAUUCUGCGCGUGGGCUUGAUGACUUUAAUAAGCAGAAGGUCUUUCUUGGUCCGUUACCACCGGAACCUACAUUUAUGGAGGAAGCGGAACAGGUGUUGAAAGUGAAAGACACGCAAUUAAACAGUAUGGAUCCCCAGUCAUUAGGAGAUGAUGAUUUAUCAACAUUGCUCGAGGAUAUAACCAAGGACUUCAAAGACUCAAUAGAAGCACCGGAUAGAAAUGAUGUACCACUCCCACCAUCUAAAGGUAGUGAUAUACAAGCAAAAAUAGAAGAACUGUUUGAGCUUAGACAUCGAAUAAAACUCGGAGCAUCCACACUGCCGUCGAUAUGUUUUUAUACAUUUCAUAAUACAUAUGAUAGUCUUAAUUGUAUAUCAAUAUCAGAUGAUGCCACGUUAAUAGCCGGUGGGUUUUCCGAAUCGUACAUAAAGAUAUGGAGUUUAAAGGGCGAGAAACUAAAGGCUUUUAUGAACAACGUGAGGCCCACAUUUGUGUCUGAAGUGAGCGAUCUUGAGAGGUUGCGCGAACAACACGGAAGUGAAUGUAAAAGACUUGUAGGACAUUCUGGUCCUGUGUUUGGUUUAAGCUUUAGUCCGGAUAAUAGAUAUCUAGUUACUUGUUCAGAAGAUAAAACAGCGCGGCUAUGGAGUGUAGAUACUUUUACAAAUUUAGUAUGUUAUAAAGGUCACAAUUAUCCCAUUUGGGAUGUUGAUUUUGGACCUUAUGGUUUUUACUUUGCGACUGCAUCCUAUGAUAGAACAGCGAGAUUGUGGAGUUGUGACCAUAUAUAUCCACUGCGCAUAUUUGCCGGUCAUUUGUCAGACGUUGAUUGCGUUAAAUUUCAUCCCAACUCUCGGUACGUUCUUACUGGAUCGAGCGACAGAAUGGUACGCAUGUGGGACAUUCAAACCGGUCGAUGUGUACGCAUUAUGUCCGGUCACGCUGGAGCCGUGCAGAGUUUAGCCGUUUCUGACAAUGGACAUAUUAUGGCAUCUGCAGGGGAAGAUAAAAAGGUUAUUUUGAGAGAUCUUAGAACUGGAAAAACGCUUCGGAAAUUGACUGGACACACAGACAUCGUCUACACUUUAGAGUUUAGCAGAGGCGGAAAUCUUCUCGUAUCGGGAGGUGCGGAUCAGACUGUUCGUGUGUGGGACGUCAAUGCAUGCCUAUCGGAUCAAUCAGAUUAUAAUACAUCGACAACGAACAUGGAGAAUGGUACUACGGGUGUUGGACAGGCACGAAAUUCAGAAUCUGCUCGCGUCAAAAGUGACGAAAUGUUGGCAACCUUUCCAACAAAACGUACACCAGUAUACAAAGUAAAAUUUACACGACGAAAUUUGUGUCUUGCGGCUGGCGCAUUUACCAAAUUGUCUGAAAAGGAACAAUAA